AUGCUUGAAAGAAAGCUCUCAUCGCGAGCUCCUCAUAUUCUUCUUAUUCAUUUACUUCUCUUGCUCUGCAUCCAAAGCGCUUCAUCUCAAGACGGCAACUUCCUUUUCAACGAUAACUACUGGAACAUUCCUACCGGGAGCCCAGGGCAGUGUGUUGGCACGGAUUGUCAAAAGUACGUCUGCGCGAAUAAGCCUGAGCAGCCAUACUGCCGUGGGUGCAGCGGCAACCCUACAGCGUUCAAUGUCGAGCCAAAAGAUUGCUUGGAGAGCGACCCGAACGCGCAAUGCUCAACUUGCAUCGCAUCCUGCCUACCGUAUACGACUGGAUGGGAGAAUUACGUGCCUGUCGCCGGGUUCCGACAGGAACCGUUUCACUGUCGUAGUAGCGGGGAUGCCUGCGCUGGGAGCUGCGUGAACUCCUGGCACAAGUCAUGUUCUAUGUCGGGGAUCAAUGACUGCCCGGCGGGAGACGUCUGUGUAGGAGGAGAGUACGUGUGCUUCGGUGAAGACGUGGACAACAGAAUCCCUUGCACCAUCACCCACUGUGAUCCAGCUCGAGUCACCUAUAACCCUGCCCUCUGUGAAUGCCAGAAAGGAAGAUGUUUGUGGUCUUCGUCGCCGUCUGUGCAACGAGAUAUGGGGAACGCAAAUAUCAAACAGCGGUCACCCGUCAACUCUGCUCGCAAUGUCCCAGUUGUGGGAACGGACCCCAAGGACUGCUUGACUGCCUGCCUGUUGGACCCUGAAUGCACCGCUGUCACCUGGAGACCCUCUAGCACCAACACCACGAAUAGCACGUGCGUCAAGGCAAACUCAGACUGCACCCUGCUAGACAGCGCUUUCCAAGAGAGUGCAUACAUCAAGGCCGCCACUUGGAAUUUCCCUACCGAAUGUCUGCCAAGGGUCGAUGUGCAAGAAGACAUCAUUCGCAACCCCCGCCUGGGCUUCCAGCACAAGAACGCGACCUGCCGAGCUUGUUCGCGCGUGGAGGUUGUGCUGAACGUGAAGUACGGGAAGUUGAACUUCGGGUUGAAAGACAACUCGCUCAAGUGCAUCGCUCCGAACUACAACCCGUUGAGAGAUGGGAAUCCUCCUCGCGCUGGGUGCUCGCUCACUGCGAGAGGGCUCGACGAAGACUUCAAGCUCAUCUGCCCGACAUGGCCAGAGUCCGUCGCAAGUUGCAACCCCAUCCUUGCGUCCAAGAUCAUCCCCGGCGUCAGUGACAGCGUCCAAAUCUCGUUCCUGCCCAGCUGGCAGGCUAGCUCGGCAGUCUCGGGUCAGAUCUCGGUCGCGUACCCUGGAGUUUCCAUCACGGGGCCGUACGAGGAGGUGCUGGUGGUGCUGAGAAACAUCACCUACUCCCCGACCGACGACCAGAACUCCAUGAGGAUCCGCUCGCGCAUCUACAGUGGCUCCACGUCCCUCUCAGCGACGUGGCCCAUCGGCAAGCCCUACGAGGAGCUGGUUGUCAGCGUCAACUUUGACAAGACAAACCCCAACUGCUCCGCCUGUGGAGCCUUCGGGACCUCCAGCCCGCACGUGCGGCGCUACCUGAUGCACGUCCUGCCGAUGAACGAUCCCCCCUACAUGGGGAACCCUCAAGACACUUACAAGAAGCCCAAGUACUGCAAGGCUGACGUGGCCCAAGAAGACUGUAUCGACUCGUCCACGGGGCUGCCGCUGACGCUGGAGCAGUGCCAUCUGUGCUACUUCGCUCCUUUCUUCACGUACGAGGGGAGCACAACCUCCAUCCCCGUCUCCGGUCUCACCCUCAUCGACGACGACGCGUACGAGAGCUGCACAUGGGCCAACGCGAAAUGUACGAGCGCGGACACGAAGAUCCUAGUGAGGAACGGGGGGAUCGACCUCAACACUCGUCUCGGGCUGAGCAUCUACUCCGAGACGUCGAGCUUGAAGGCCUUCACUGCCCCCAUGGGCCCGACGGUCUCGGCCAUCACGGUGCUGCAGUACCAGGCGUAUGUGCCGGGGGUCGGGAACAUCAACUACAACACGCAGAGCAACGGGAACUCGGAGAAGAUCUCAGUGGCAGUGAGCGACCAGGGCUUCACCGGAGCCGUCGAGUCCAACGGAGUUCUGUCAAACGGCAUCUCGCUGGAGUCUGCCAUCGACAUUCAGCUGACCAUCGUCGCGAUGAACAACCCUCCCGUAGUCUCCUUCGGCUCCGUGACGACCAACUACAGGGUGCUCGAAGACGUGCUGUCAGGCAUCUCCUCCAUCACUGUCGAUGACAGUGACGUCGACGAGGUUGUCACGUCGGCGCUGGCGAGCAAGCUCUGGAUGUCGCUGUCGAUGUACGCCAACUACCUGCACAAGAUCCAGCUGCUGGUCACGGUGACGCGAGGGAAGCUGCUCUACCAAGAGACCGCAAACUUGGUGCUGCUGAACGUGUACGAGAGUAUCUACCUGACCAUCAACCCUCGCUUCACCGGGCAUGACGUUUGCCGCACCUCCUCGAUCUACCGGAAUCCCUUGGGCGAGACGACUCAGUCCUCCUACCAGGUCUCCUGCUCCAAGAGCAACAUCGGGCAGCCCGGCUGCCUGCUGGGGACCGAGUCGACCUGCACGUGCAACCUCAAGGACGACUGCUCGACGCUGUCGAGGAUCCUCCUGUUCCUCAACCGCACCAGCAGCACCUUCACGCAGUACUACACUGACUUCAACUACAACAUCGAAUCCAUGAGCGACCGCACGUGCGGCGGAGUCCCCUGGUACGCCUCCCCCAACGCCUUCUCGGUGGGCAAGAUCUGCCAGAUCGAUCAAGACUGCAGGGCAACCGACAUGUUCAACUGCUCGACGUCAGGCGGCUGCCUCUGCUGUGCUGACCUGAACAAGACCUGCUCCUCCCAUGCCGACUGCAGCUCCGUCGAGGUCGGCUCCUUGUGUGGCUGCACCUGGAACGGGCCGGCGGGGCUGCGAGCGACUGACCCAGGGACGUGCGGGCCAUGGCUGGACAGCACCAACUUCCCGCUGGCGGACACGGACGGGAACAAGAAGCUCACGCCGACCGAGCUCGCAACCUUCAUCUCCUCCUGCACCUCUUCCACCUGCCUCUACCGCGCCACCACCAAGCCCGCGGACUGUCCGACGUGCGUGGGUCAGCCCUGCACGUACAUGGGGAGCGGGUCGACCUCCUGCCUGCCUCCGAUCAUCGUCGAGAACGGGACAGCCGACUCGACGGUCAUCGACCCGCUCAGCACGGUAGGGAGUCAGAGGAUCGAAGUGUACGGGGGCAAAGCAGACAUCAACAAGGCGCUGGCAAACAUGCAGUACCUGAGCAACCUCAACUACAACCGCCUCUACCGCAACCCCGCCUGCUACCCUCCUCCCCGCGAGAAGACCAAGCUCUGCCAGGCUACCGUCCCCAACUUCGACCCGACCUUCGACGACAUCGACACGGUGACGGUGGAGGCGAACGACCUGGGGAACUCCGGGGGCAUCGAGCGCUCGAUCCAGAUCAACGUGGGGGCGAUGAACAUCCUCGUGCAGGCAGUGAACGAUCGGCCGCGAAUCUCCAGCCCCUCACAAGUUCAUCUCAUAGAGGACUGGGUCUUCUCCUUCAUUAACCCCGACCUCCUGGGAGAGGCUGGUCUCGCUCUCCCCGCCCCCGACUGGUACAACAACCUCAUCGUCAGCCAGUGCGUCUUCGACAAGACCAGGCCAGGCGCGCCCUUCGACCCCUCCCUCGGCUCCUCCUGCGGCUGCUUCCGCGUCUGCACCUCCCCGACCGUCCAACUCUCGCAAGUCGCAUGCAGCUGCACAGACACGGACUGCGACCUCAAGUGCGCAGACCAGCAGGUCAACCAAGUCGCCUCCAUCCUCCGCGCCAACUUCAGUCAAGCCUCCUACACCUACGGUCGCAUCGGUGAUCCCAUCGUGCUGAGCGAUCCAGCUGACUGGGGGUCAGACUACCUCGACUUUGGGUUCCUCGAGAUUCAGAUGGAGCUUAACAUCUCCUGCAACCAUGGGAGGCUCCUGCUUAACGAAGCUUUCCUCAGCCAGCGCGACGUCUUCGGUGUUCGUAUCAAAGUGCAGAAUUAUCAAGGCUUCGAGGUUCAGUCGCCCACCUCCACCGGCCUCUACUACACGCCCGUCGGCUCUGCCUGCAACCCCUGCGACCUGGGCUGGAAGUGGCAGAACGGGCUGGUCGUGUGCUGCGACGUGCAGCCAUGCCGGCACUGCCCGAUGUGGGGGGUCGGGAAUCGUUUCAUCUCCAUCACCGGCAACUUGGACGACCUGAACCUGGCGCUGAGCAACCUGACGUACAUCAACGACGAGAACUUCAACACGCGCUACUUCCAGUCCGAAGCGAUCCUCCUGCAGCUCAACGACAACGGCGCCAUCGGCGACUCGCUCGCCUCCUCCCCCAAGCUCGGCACCCUCGCUGAGAUCGCGGUGUUCAUCGAGUCCGUCAACGAUGGCCCGCAGAUCCUCCGGCAGACGGUGGUGGAUCUCUACAACUGGGAGAACGCGGACCUGAACGCGUCCAUCAACUACAUCGACGUUGACGAGGACACUAUCUUCGUCUUCAACCAGUCGCACUUGUGGAUCGACGACGUGGACUCUCGCGAGGCUGAGAUCAUCUCCCAGCAGGUGAAGCUCAAGAACGAUCCCAUCACCUUCACCUGCUACCCCGGCGAAGACAUCCUCGACCUCCUCCUCCUCGGCUCCCCCCAGUGCGUCCAGAAUGCGCAGAAGACGGGCUACGUGUGCCAAGGAGGAUACAAGAGCGGUUGCACGUGCACUGACAAUUCCGACACUUCCUGCUCCGACGGCUGCUCCUGCACCCUCGGCUCCUGCUGCAUCUCCACCUGCUCGCGCCCGGGCGUCUGUCCCGACGCGCAAGGAAAGAUCGCCAAGAACCCUGGGGAGCUGCUGGUGGAGUUGUCGGUGACCAACGGGAUGCUGUCGCUCUAUCCGCCUGCUGGCCGCAGCCUCCUCAGCCUCACCUUCUACACCAACUCGACCCCCGUCCCCAUCAGCAGAGGAGGGCCCGCCACCGUCUGCUCGCUGCAGGCCUGCAUGAAGAAUCAGAGCAGCAUCGUCAUCGUCGGAGUCCUCGCGGAGGUUCAGAAAGUUUUCUCGCAGAGGUUCCUGAGCUACCUGGGGCUUCCCAACUACUACGGGCCUGACGUCUUGAGCGUGUGGGUGUCGGACCAAGGUUUCACGGAUCAGAGCUUCAACGACUCUCUGACUGCCUCCUACCUCCUCCCCAUCAACGUCAUGCCUGUCAACGACGCUCCGACCAUUCAAACGCCCAACGAGGUUCUCAACUACGACAUGAAUCAGGUCUGCUACGUUGACUUCAUGGCCGAGUACCGCGAUCCUCGCGGGCUCCUCUGCUCUCAGUUCUCCUCCUCCCUCAUCCCCGACCGGGCCGGAGCUCCGCGCAUUCUCUUCAGUGACGUUGACGUGCGGGCAACGGCGUUGGGGAACGUGACGCUGACGAUUGAGAUCCAAGCGAAGCAGCCAGGGAGAAUUUUCUUCAACGAGACACUUCCUCGCAUCACCUACCUGCAGUACCGCAAUGAGCUUGACUACACCGUCGUCGUCCUCAACGGGAAGAUCGACGACAUCAACACCCAGAUGCUCACCAUGAGGUUCGACCCUGAGGCAGCCUUCGCGGGCUACGCGCCUCUCAGCGUCUAUAUUAGCGACAACGGCAACUACGGGGGAGAUCACUGCAUGGAGGAGACGGGAGUCUGCCGGGACUUCACCUUCACCUGCCCCACCACCUCCUGCCCCUCCUCCUUCACCCGCGUCCCUGACCUCUGCCUGCUCUCCUCCACCCGAGGCUGCAUGAAGUGGCUCCUCUACCCCAACCUGCCUCACUUCGUCUACCCCAACCGCGCGAGGUCGACCAGGAGCAUCGUCGACCUCUCGGUGGGAGCUGCUGCGUCCUGCCAGCUGAACGAGGCGAUCAACGACUCGGCCAAGUGCUUCGAGUGCGGCAAACUAGCAGGAUGCAAUUGGUGUCCCUCCUUCUGCAACGGGAAGGGAAAAUGCAUGAUAGGCAAGUCAAGUCCCACCUAUGAGAUGUGCCCCAAAGGCGCCUUCAGGGCCUACGGUCAGUGCUCAGACACUGCCGGCAGCAGCAAGAUCCUUCCUGCCCUCAUCGCCGUUGCCGCUGCCCUCGUCCUCCUCCUCGUGACCUUCAUCUUCCUCCGGUGGACUCAGAGGCGCUACGGAGGCUUGAGGAAGUACCUCGUGAGGAAGCAGGAGGAGGCGACUCGCGUCAUCACCGAGCUGAACCUCGCGACCCCCUCGGACGCGCGAUGGAUGGAGUUCUUCUUCCAGCUCACCCUCUUCGUCCUCCUCGGCGUGUGGGCUGCUGGUCUAUUCCGGCAGACGUCCGCCUCCUACCCAGCUGAGUUCUUCUUGGACGCCACCAGCUGGCUCACCCUCGACCUCGACUACUGCAGCGUUCGCUUCCUCCCCGCCCGCAACUUCCCGGAGCCCGAGCACUCCAUCUCCUUCGCCAAGGUCCGCAUCGCGCUCUCCUCCGACCCUCAGGUCGUCCUCAACGCCGACAUCUGCACCGAGCACACGACCCUCUACGUCAACAACACCAAGUCGGAGGCGACCAGGUACCAGCGCUACCACUGCAGGAUGCAGGUCAUCGUCCCCGAGUCCUUCGUGCUGCCUCGCAUAGAGAUCAAGGAGCACAGCUCUCUCAACUUCCCCUCCUCCGUCCGCGCGGGCUCCAUGGACCCUGACACCCCCAACUUUGGACUCCGGCUGGGGCCCAACAGCUUCUCCCUGCUGGGGCAGAACAUGCAGGUGAGGCUGCAGAACUUCAGCGCCAAGACGUUCGAGCUCAAGUUCGACCAUGGCUCCCUCGUCGCCACCGACUUCUCUACCGCCGACAGCGCGAGAAUGCAGACGUCCGACGCGAACUUGAUCGUGACGACGAGUAGGAUGACGACCGUGCGGUUCUUUCAGCCCAGCGCGAACCAGGUGUGCCUAACCGCCGCUAACAACUCGCUCUACGUGGACGGAAACUGCAAACAGAGCUGCGACUUCAUGACCAUCAACAGCACAAGCAGAAGAAACUUGAGGGAUGACUUUUCUCCUCUCCCUCCUGGUCGUCGCCUCUUGCAAACUUCCUCCCUCAACUACACAGUCCCGAGGCCUAGGGGCCCCGCGGAGCUUUGUCCAGACGGGGUUACGCUGAAGAAGGACGUCUUGUAUGUACCGGACUGCACAGACAUGACGCUAUGCAAGCAGAGUGAGACGGAGCAGUGUCUGUGUCGCCCAUACUGCGACAUGCUUGCUCCUGCCAAGCUCUGCAUCAACGGCAUCUGCGGGGUCGCAGGCACGUGCGAUCUCCUUGGCCGCUGCUGCCGCACCAUCUGCUCGGGCUACAGUCUCGCCGAUCUCUUCCCCACCCCCAACCAGCCCCGCGACGGCGCCUCCAUCAACCCGGUCACGAUGCCGUGGACGCCCGGGGGGCUGGAGCAGCAGUGGUCCCUCUACUCCCUGACCGGCCAGAUCUCCGUGUCCUCCCUCGCGUCUCCCGACCUCUACCGCGUGAGCUCCUACAAGGGCAGCCCCGCGCGUGAGCUGGUGGACAUCGCGAUCGAGGUGGCGGCGGGAGACAAGGAGGUCAUCGACAAGAAUUUUCAUCCCUCCGGCGCUUCCAAACCCCGCGAGAAGAUCGUCGAGUUCGUGCUGGAGGGCCCGGGGACCCUCGACCCGGAGGUCUCGUCGCUCAUAUGGAUCCCCAAGCUCAUGUACAUCUCCCUCCCCCCCUACAUCCUCGACACCCUCUCCCUCGGUAUCCUCAAGCCCGUCCGCAACAGUGUCCCCACCUUGCUCAAGCCCGGGUUCUGCCCUGCCUUCCUCUCUGCAAGCAGCGACGCGCUCUUCAGCCAGCGCCUCGUCCAGAUCCGCCAGGUCCUGCUCGACGUCCUCCAGAACUUUCCAGCCUACCUGCCCCUGCGCCGCAUCCCUAGCGGGAGCCUGCUGGUCUACCAGCUGAACGGGACGACCCCGCGGGUGUUCGUCAAGGACCCGGUGACCAACGCGAUGACCGUCAUCGCCAUCGACCUCAACAAGCUCUUCGCCUUCUGGGCGGGCGUCUACUUCUCCCUCGCCGUCUCCCUCCUCUCCGCCACCAUCGCCUGCGUCGUUGUUAUGCGGCACGUGCGGGGGGGGAUCAGGCAGAUCAGAGAGGCGCUGGUGCUGGAGACGCAAAUCUUCUCGUGCCUGUCCGACCUGAUGCGCAUGAAGUUGGACGAGGGGGAGGGGAUGCGGAAGAUCAUCUUCGACCAGAAGCUCCUGGAGGAGGUGGAGGGAUACACAGGCUUCGUCUUCCUUGUCGAGUUCUUCCUUGGCUUCGACGGCGUCCAGGCCUCCUCCUUCGCGCGCGCCUCUCACUUCCUUCAGGUCGCUCUCGUCCUCUGCCUCCCCAUCAUCCCCUUGUGGAUCUUGUCGGAGAAGUGGAGGGAGUCCUACCUGAGCGAACAAUGUCGGCUGAGACACGACAAGCAAGAGUGUCUGCUGCAGAAGGAGACGCUCUCUUCCCUCGUCUCCUACCUCCUCCUCGCCUACUUCGCCAUCUCUGCCGUCGAAUGCACAGGUCAUUUCCUCAAGUUCACCAGGAGCUCCGUCAAGAUGUUCCUCCGCAAGUGCUUCUACAUCGCACUCCUCGCUGCCUCCAUCGCCUCCUCUGCGCUCUUCCUCCUCGUCCUCCUCUGGAUCAUCAUCGGCGUGUACUGGGAGACGUCUAAGGCUCUCCCCUACGCCAUCGCACUCGCUGGCUUCAUCGGCAACUUCUUCGCGAUCAAGCUCAAGCAUGACACCCUGCGGUACCGCGUCGAGCUCUCACUCAAGACGUUUAUGCGCGAGGAGGAGACAGAACUCUCUCAUGUGCUGCCGAAGCCUUUCGUCAGCAUCAUCAUCGAAAAGGCACAAACAACUACUCGUUUCGAGGCUUUCACGGACACAGCGAGCCUGACUGCUGGCAUCAUCAACGCCGCGGUCAUCUUUGUCGUUGCCGUCUGCUUCAACAACGUUUCUCGUCCAGACAGCGAGAACGAGAAGGAUGAGAUUUUGAGGAAGCAAGAGGCGAUAAGGAAUGUAGUUCACGGCACAGUGCAGCUUCUGAAGAGACAACAUCAGAUUCUGAUUAGCUUGCUGAGCAAGUCAAGGGUCGAGAAGUUUGCAGAGAAGGUCAACGAGAGCGUGUGGGGGCUGAGAGCUGACGAUGAAGCAGGGGGAGGAUACGAGCGACGAUGA